AUGUCUUUUUUGUUAUAAGAGUUCUAGCUUUUAUAGGAAUUCAGCUUGUAGAACAACCCUGAAAUCACGGAGAAAGAGUCCUUUUAUUUUUAGAAAGGAAGGGAAAAUAUUGUGUGAGAAUAAUUCAAGGAUAGGUUUGGUUCCUAGAAAAACGAUGAGACCCACUUUUCUUGGAAGUGAAAUAUGGAUGUGGGCAUUUCCAAUCUUCGUCUUCUUCCUUUCUUUGUUCCUUUCUUUUUCUCAUGAUCAAACUGAAACUGAAUUUGGUUAACAAAGAUGUUCCCUUUUUUGAUAAUUCAUUAACUCCACUUCUUAUGAUUGAAUUUACCUUACUUUUUAAUGCUAGGAAGAGAGUUUCUUCUGAUACCUCACUUUUCUUUUUUUCUUUUUUUUUUUUUAUUGGUUACUGAGGUAUUUUAGGCGCAUGUUGUCUGACCUUAAAAUGUAUCCGUGUUUAUAUUUGAUGGGAUAAUAGCGAACUUAUCGUUAAAAAUAAAAUUAUCUACCAUAAGAGUGAAAAUCCGAAAUUGGGUUAUUCCAAUUCUGUGGAGGAUUGAUUGGGUUUUGAUUAUACUAAACUUGAGAUUUAAACAUUGCCAUUUAUGGAUGAUUAUUCUGGUAAGAAAGCUGGUAAUGGGCUGGUUGUCUCUAGAAAGGGUACUACCCUUGUUUUGAGAGAUACUGCUAAUAAUAGAGAGCGAAAUGCUCAGUUUUGCAAUCGAAUCGGGUGUAGCGGGAGACUAAACUCUGCUAAAGGUACUCAGAUCAGCUGUUCAGAAAAAGCAAAAUCUUCAAGGCCACCAUUCCGACCUUCAUCAAAUGGCAAGGAAAUAAUUGGAAGUUCCUCUAGAACUUGCUCUGCAACCAGUAAUCCUAAGAAAUUCUUGCCAGGGCCUCGGAAAAAGCUGUCUUCUCAGCCAGAAAAAGCUCCUUCUGAAACUGGUAGUUCUCAGGAUGAUCCUGAAGUGCCAGAACUUGUAACCGCUACUGGAAAGAUCCAAAAAGGCAUUUGCCCUGAAUCUAAUGAUGCUGGUUGUAGUGAGAAUACCACAACAGAAGUUGGAAGCUCUAGCAUAAAAAGUACAAGAUCUAGGAGUUCUCAUCAGAAAUAUGGUAUAGGUAAACUAGAUAGUCCAUUAGGGUCACCCAUCUCGUUGGCAUCCAAAAGCACAAGUCAAGGGACACGUCCUGGUGCAGCCAGAUAUGGUCUGAGAAACCUUAGAUGCAACUCAAUAUCAGAUGCUGUCCCCACAGGAUCUUCAACAUCAGAUUCAAAUAUCCCUAGACGAAAAGACGCAUUAAAGAAGAGAAGUUGUGAUGGAGAAAGUAGUUCUUCUGUCAGAGGGAAGAAAAUAAAUGGAUCAUCAUUGGAAGGUCGUGAUUUUAAUUCUAGCUCUGGUAUUUCAAUUCCUGGUACAAGGAGAACAAGAAACGGACCACCUAACAGGGAUAACGGUCCUGCAUCAGUUAGGACUCGAAGAUCACUCACUUACACCAGAGCAAGAGCUGCUAAUCAAGGAAGUUGGAAUAAUUCAUCACCAGAUCAGCCCCAUGUCGUAAUCCGGCAAAUGUCUCAGCCUAUUAUGCCAGUUGAUUCAAAUUCACCUGGUUCAUCACAUCAAUUCUCUACAGAAUCUUCAUUAAGUCACUUAAGGUCUUAUGGUCUACCUGGAAGUAGCAGCGAGAGUUUUCAGGGCAUUAGGCCAUCUAGUCCUGCUGAAGUUGGCAAUAUCCGUUCUUCAAUGAAUCGAGAGAGCUUCCGUCACUACAAUAUGGAUGGAAUUGCUGAGGUGUUAUUGGCACUUGAGAGGAUUGAACAAGAUGAAGAGCUAACAUAUGAGCAAUUGCUUGUUCUUGAGACUGGUUUGUUCCUUAAUGGGCUCAAUAUCUAUGACCAACACAGAGACAUGAGAUUGGAUAUUGAUAAUAUGUCAUAUGAGGAAUUAUUAGCUCUAGAAGAAAGGAUGGGUACUGUGAGCACUGCACUGACAGAGGAAGCACUGUCUGAAUGUCUAAAGACUAGCAGCUAUCAGUCAGCUUCUCUGGAGGAUGCAGCUUCAGACCUUUGUGGGAAAAAAGAUGAUGUCAAAUGCAGCAUCUGCCAGGAAGAUUAUACUGUUGGAGAUGAAGUGGGGAGGUUACAAUGCGAGCAUAGGUAUCAUGUGGCAUGCAUACGUCAAUGGUUGAGGCAGAAGAAUUGGUGCCCCAUUUGCAAAGCAUCCGCGGCACCCUCCUCAUCACCACCAUCACCACUUUCUUCACUUCAUGAAUAAAUUGGACGUUGAAGACUUGACUUUUAAUUUUGUACAAAACAAGUCUGCCUUCUUCAUCCUUCUUUUCUUUUUUUUCUUUUUUUUUUUUUUUAAAUUUUUUCAAAGAAAAAAAGGCAUCUUCUUCUUUUAUGUACAUACCAAUUCUCUUUGAUGUCAAUAGACUAAUAAACGUGGGCACUAUUGCCUUUGCGACAAGAAAUCAUGUUGCUCUAUAGAACAGAAUCUGAAUGAAAUUACUCAAAAGUUGCUGCCGUCUCUUGUUAGAUA